CCUUGUCCUUAUCCCGCAUCAGGGGCCGAACCUGAAGCAGCCACUCAAAUCCGUUGCCUCCGAAUCCACCGGCGAUCGUGUCGCAAAUCGCUGCUAGCACCCCCUUGUUCUUCCCCCCCGUUACCCCGUUACAGGGCUUAACAUGGGACGAAUACUUCUUAUCCGCGUUUCGUGCCGUGAUAGUGCAGUGUCGCUAUGAUGCAACGAGUUCAGACACUACAUAGCGCUGAAGCUGUUAGCAAGGAGUCUAUGCUCCACUACCCGGGACUUCUGAGGAACCAUCCAACGCCUCGGGGCCCUGCCAAGACGUCUAUCGGAUCGAGACUCAUCCGUACCGAAGUUGGCCUAUCCAGCCGCUAUUCAGCUUCGAUUAGUUUAGCAAGUGUCCAAUAUAGAUUCCUUUCUCUUCCUGCAUGUCGUAGUGAUACUGUCAUUCGCUCUAUUUUGCAUCCUGUGUGUUAGAUACUAAGUUGAUAACCUCGAAAGAAAAAAAAAAUAAACAUGCUGAGAGGAAGAUUUGGCGAUAGAAAAGCUUCGGCUGCUUCUCUGAAUUCACUUGCCGGCCCAGCCACUGUCAAGAUAUUCGUUGGUCCGGAUAGCGAGGAAUUCCUCGUUCCGAGAAAACUCCUGGCAUCAUGCAACUACUUCCGGCAGCAAAUAGACAAUGCGCGCGUUAAAUUCGAAAAGGGGCAGGCUCACAUCAUCCUCGUCCUGGAAGAUCAAGAACCACCCAUGUUCGAGUUAUUCGUAUACUGGCUGAACGAACGGAAAAACUUCGACAAGUUCAUCGACGCCGCCGAGGCCGACCACUCCUGCCAGGAGCUCCACAACAGCCUAGUCCAACUACACUUAUUCGCUGCCCAGAUAGAUAUUCCCGCCUUACAAGAUUGUGCUAUGGACGCUAUCCAAGAUGUCUACCUUCGCAAGAACUGGGAUAUCAGUACUAACCUUAUUAGAUUUGUUUAUACCUCGUGUGACCCCCAAGAGAGCUGUCGACUACGAAAGUGGAUCGUAGCUAUGACGGCGUGGACACUCGGAGGCGUAGUUACGACCGAAAUGUCGAAUAGCAUCAAACGCCUCUUCGAGCAAUGUCCUGACUUCUGGGCCGAAUACAACAACCACACGCGCAAAAUGGCGCAAACCGGGCUCGAGGGCCAAUUCAAGAACCCCCAGCUCAGACUCCCUUCCAACAACCUUCGCGGCGAGGAGCGUCAGUUCGGCUUUCGACAAUGUUCCUUCCACACGCACCGAUCCACUGUCGGCCAGGGACGAUGUCCUCACGCAAAUUCUAUCUCGCCGCUCAUCCCGUCUCCAUAUACGGACGGCUACGUCGAGUCAGAUUCAGACCGAGACAAUUCGAGGUUUGGAUCACGCAUGGUUUCCCCGAGCAGCGACACGAUACCCGAGUCCGAUUUAGAGACCUCCUAAGACUUUAUAGUCUAAAUACCACCCGAG